AUGGCGAUAAUCUUCAUGGUACGAAUUGAUGAAUAUGGAAGCCAAGAUGAUAGGGAAAGUGAUGGCAGUUUGAGUUCCCCUGCUUCUCAAGGAAAUGAAGAAUUUGGGACAAAAGAUCCGUCUGGUAUGGUGAAGGGAGCUGCUAAAGAGAUAUCAGGGGAUGCAGGUGUUAGGCAGGGACUAGGACCGAAAAGUGGAAAUGGUGUUGCGGUUGAAAGAGGAACUGAUUACGAGAAAAACAGUGUGGAAAAAUCAACCAGUUCGUCUUCUGAGCACUGCACUCACACUGUCAAAAAUGUAGCUUGUCAGAAUGCUUGUGGUAAUUCAGCUUCGGAAAUCGCUCCCGUUGUUGAUUCUGUUAAACCUGUGGUUUCACUCUCCAAAGUGAUGGUUUCUGAAAAGAGUCCUGCGGCUUCUGUCUCUAAAGUAGUAGUUUCUGAAAAGAGUGAGCAUGUUGAGACAUCAACACAAUCAAAUUUGGUUAAACGGAAGUCUGAUGUAAAUGAAGAGAAGCCAUCUCUGGCACUGGAAAAAGAUAAUGGUAAGGUGGUUACUCUUCCAAGACCUGCUGCUGAAACAAGCAAAAUGAUAGCGAGUGUCAGAGAAUCAGAAGUGCCAGUAUCCUCUGAGGAUAAGCGUCUUUUGCUGCCUGGUCCACCAGCCGUCCGGACUUCAUGGUUAAGUUGCUGCGGGUUGUUUGAUGCGAUGACAGGAUCUGACAGAUAA